AUGCAAUCUAUGAUUCAAUUUUCACAAAAUCAUCAUGCACAUCGAUCUAGUAAACAGGAACGAUUUCGAUCACCUGUAAUCUAUUUAUGCUUCAAAUCCUACCUCAUCAUCUCAAUCUCACUUAUUAAACAAUCAUCUGAAGAACAACAAUAUCGUAGUCCUCAAGAUCUUAUUCAUCAUCGUGGAGAAUAUGAAUCUAUUGCUCGUGCUAAUAUUCGUUCACAACAACAAGUUUGUUCACCAACAAAUCAUCGUCUUCUUUUACAAUAUCCAAAUAAUAAGCAUUAUCAACAUUCAGAUUUAGUACAAUAUGGUAGUCCAACAUUAUCAUUAUCAUCAUCUUCAUCAUGUCGUGAACAACAAUCAAUGACAAUGAAUUUUAAUAGUAUAGGUACACCAAAAUCUCCAUUAAAUGGAUAUCAUGCAGAAUCAUCACCAAGACUUAAACUACGUUCACUGAUAAUUACUCGACAAGCUUUACCGCCACCUCCAGCAUUUUAUUAUCACAAUUUGAACCAAAUCAUAAUAUGA